AUGACGACCGACGACGACGCUCGCGUGGGCCUCCGCGUUCAGGUCGGCGCAGACAAGGCCACCGUUCGAUACCUGGGGCCCGUGGAGGGCCAGGAGGGUGAGUGGGCCGGGGUGGAGUGGGACGACGCCUCCCGCGGCAAGCAUGACGGAUGCGCCGGCGGCCGGCGGUACUUCCAGACGGCGCGGGGCGCCAAUUCUGGAUCCUUCGUGAGGCUGGGGAAGGUGGAUUGGGGCGUCGCCGCCCCUGAGGCGCUGGUGCGCCGGUACCAGGGGCUGUACGGCCCGCCGGAGGACGGGGACGACGAGAACUGGGAGGAGAUGUACGUGCAGACGGCGGGCAACAGGAGGAGGGGCGUGGAGCUGGUUGGGAUGGAGAAGGUUCACAGGCGGCAGAGCGACAUGCUGCGGCUGAGGGCUGCAGUUUUGAGGGGAUGUCGCGUCGCCAGCGGGGGUCCCGCCGGGGAGGUGGCUCGUCUCGUGCCGAACGUGGAGGAGCUGGACUUGUCGGACAACCUCAUUACAAGCUGGGAUGUGGUGGUGCAAAUUGCUCGACAGCUGAGCCGUCUGGAAGUCCUCAACCUGUCGAAGAACCGGCUAUCAUUUCCAGAGUCACAGGAACCUUCACAUGGGUCGCUCCUGGAAUGCCUCAAGACGUUGAUCCUGAAAGAGUGCGACAAUUCCUGGGGUCAGGUACUGGACCUGCUACCACAUGUCCCUUCCCUGACAUCCCUGCACAUCUGCUACAACAGCCUGUCCUCCUUGUCAAGCACAACUGCAGGUUACGAUGCUCUUCGCAAGCUGGAGCUUCUUGAUCUGGAGUGCAACAACAUAUGCAGCUGGGAGGAAGUUUGGCCGCUUAACACCCUCCCGGCAUUGAAGCGGCUACAUCUGGGCAGCAAUCCAAUUUCUAACAUCACCUACCCCAAGAGCCAUUCCUUGGAUGUGCCGCCAUUCCCUGCACUGCAGUGCCUGCUGCUGGGGGAUUGCCUAGUUGGUGAUUGGGCCUCUGUGGACAGCCUCAACAGGUUUCCAAGCCUUGUGGAAACAAGGCUCACUGGCAACCCCCUCAUCAAGAGCACACAUGGAGGUGGUAGAUUUGAGGUGCGAUUGGCAAGAUUAAUUGAGUGA